UUUUUAUUUGUCUCUCUCCUCACUCUUCUUCUUUUCUCCUUCCUUCCUUCUCCGAAAAGCUAGAGGUUGAGUCUGAAGAGUGAACAAAACCUUGUGCGGAUGGAGAGAACCGAUAACGCACUUGAUUAGAGCUACUUCGUUUGGCUCUCAUUCUCUCUGUAUCAUCGGCCAUCAAGUUUAUAUACGGUUCUUAUUUCAUCUUAUGCUGCAAGGAUGAAGAUGGAAGCACCUCCUUCAACAAUCUUGUUUACUGAUGAUGAUAGCAAGAACCUGGAGCAGUUGCUUGAUGUCUUUGGAUCUGUUGUCUCUCUCGAUGACAUUGCUGCAGCUUAUUGUAAAGCAGGUCGGGAUCCAAUUAUUGCAGGUGAUAUACUUGGAGAUCAGAAACCUAGCAGCUCCGGAACUACUAACUCUGAGUUAGAAGAAAACAUAGAGGAUUCUGUGACUCUGACUUCUGAAUUUGAGGAAGUAGGGGACUCUGUGAUAUCGACUUCUGAACCUGUAUCUGAGAUUGAUGCCAAGAGAGCUGGUCCCAGGUCAUCAAAGCAAAAAAAGUUAUCAGUGUCUAUGGGGACUGUCUCAAGCAUGAUCCCAAAAGACUAUCUGACGAAUAGGCCACUAAUUACAGAAACUUCUACGAGAAUCAAGCCACUGAAAUUAAGCGCAGAUGAUUUUUUAACCCCAGAUCUAAGGGAUGAGAAAGCUCCAUUAGGUGCUGCAGCUAUGAGUGAAACCCUGCCCAGCAGUGUAGAGGAGUUCCUCUUCAACAUGCUCGGAAGUGGAUUUUCUCUUGACAGGAGUGUAAUUGGAGAUGUUGUGGGUCAAUGUGGCUAUGAUCUGAACAAGAGUAUGGAUAAGCUGCUAAGUAUGUCCGCAUCAAUUUUGGGAAAGAGUGAUGAUAUUAUAAAUAUAGGCGACAAGAAAUCUGUGGGGAGUUCAGAUUGUGCAUCAGUUGCAUCAAAAGAGACAUCUUCAAUGACAGAUCCAGCCAUCCGUUCCAAAGCAAAUGAGAAGACUAAAAAUGGGCUCAACUUAUCUAUGAAGGAGCAGGAAAGGUAUGAGAUUCAAAAGGAAGUUCUGCAUGCAUUGUUUGAUGUACCUGCAACUUCAAGAUAUGAUGAUGUGGAUGAAGUGAUUCGUCCGGUGAAGGAAGUUGGGAAGUCUAGUCGAUUAAAUCUCGUUGUAGAUAAACCAUUACAGGAGACUUUAGAACGCCAGAUUCUUAUCAGGACACCACAAAGUGAUGCAAAAAAUGGUGAGGAGGAUGAAGAAAGCUACGAAGUUCUUCGGAAAGCUGUAAAGGAGUACUGGAUUACAAUGAAAGAGUACUAUAACGCGGCUUCUGAAGCAUUUUCCAAAGGAGAUCAUGAUAAGGCACGCAAAUUCCUGGAAGAGGGACAAUUUUUCAUGACGAAGGCACAAGUGACGGAUGAACAAUCCUCUCAAAAGCUUCUUGAAACCAGUUGCAGUUCCAGCAAAGAAAUUGUGACACUCGACCUUCACGAUUUGGAGCCAAAGGAUGCAGUGCGCUUACUAAAACUUCAGUUGACUUCUCUUUGUGGAUUCUCGUCUAUUCAAUAUCUCAAAAUCUUAGUUGGGAUCACUGCUGAAGAAGCCAAAGGUCCCCGGAAGCGUCUGGUACUUAAAUUUUUGGAGAGGGAUUCCAUACCAUGGACGGAGGAAGAAAAUGGCACAGUGCUUGUGAUAAGAGUGGAUGUUAUAGAUCCGAGGAAAAUGACUUUUGCUAAAAAAUCAACUGCCAGAGUCCGAUAAAUAUAUCACUGAAUAGAUAAUUGAUCUAAAGCAUGAAUUUUGUAUCAACUUGGAUCUUGUGAAAUGCUUCUGCAUUUUUCAUUACCACGAGGAACAACCUUGGCCUUGCUGCCAAAAAGACUUGUAUUUGAUCCUUUAAUUUUUCUUCUUAA